AGUUGGGAUCGUUUGGAUCUUAUCUCGCAUAAGCCGCGUGCUGGACACGAUAAGGUUCGGAAAACAGAAGUGGAAAGGAAGGGAUUACCUUUUGGCUUUCGAUGCACUGACUCCUCGCACACCGUGCACGAGGGCCUUUCUUAUCGCCGUCAUUUCCAUCAAGAACGGACAAAUAUCAGCACUUUCAGCACGAUCUUAUCGACAUAACAAUCUAUUGUUUCCCAGCUGGGGGUCACAAGUCACGAGAUUUUUAUCUUCUGAAAGAUAUUACAGAACCAUUGACUAUAGUGUAAUAUACCCAACAAACUGAGAUUUUAUUUAAACGGUCCAGAGAUAAACAAUAGUUUGUUUUAGGUUAUUACAUGUGCCUGUUUGAUUACACUGCUUAAAGUCUCAGAAAGUAAACAGUAAUUAAUUUUUUUGUAAGGCUGUCAACAGUAGCCUAACAUUUCUGUAAUGAUUUGGACUAAAGAAGAUGUUUUGUGAAAGAAACCAAAGGGAAUCACUGAGUUAAUUUUGGAGUUGGAGUUUACUCCAAGAGCUACCAAGACUCUAAAAACCGCUGUCUUUGCAACUGCUUGUCAAGCCCUUUUUGGAUAAGAACUGAACAAUAAAUAAAAAGACUGAAAAUGAUGCUGAGUCCUGACCAAGCUGAUUCCGACCUAGGAUGGGGACAAUCCGAUGCAGAGUCGGUGCUCAACGACCUCAAGGUCGGGUGUCUGUCCGACGAACCGAUGGAGGGGGAGGGAAAGACGAGGUCGCUGGCCCCACCGGCCCUUAGCAGAGAGGAAAAGAGAAGGAGGAGACGCGCAACCGCCAAGUAUCGCUCAGCCCACGCCACGCGCGAGAGAAUCCGUGUGGAAGCUUUCAAUGUAGCCUUCGCUGAACUGAGAAAGUUGUUGCCAACCCUUCCUCCCGACAAGAAACUAUCCAAGAUCGAGAUUCUCAGACUUGCUAUAUGCUAUAUCUCCUAUCUCAAUCACGUUUUGGAUGUCUAGUUAGGUAGAUACGGUUUCCAAAUGGGAGAAUUGGACAAGGAAAAUGGAGGGGCCAGAAAGAAAUAUUGGUGAUGUCACUUGUGAAAUCAACGAUACACGAAAGUUGCCAGAAACUAAAACGAACAGGAGAAGGGAGAAACGGAGGCUGACAUUAAUUGAUAAUAUUCCCGAGGCAUUGACAGCCUCAAUCUAAACCAUGGUCACUCACUGACCAGACAAUGCAAUAAGCGCUUUGUUGUAAAAGUCGUUUGAGUGAUAAGAUGCAAUAAUUUGAUAUGGGGCUCAGUCAAAAGAUAAUAAAUCAAAAAAUAUACUUCGCCCCUUUUCCUUAGAUGAAAUCAACACUCUCGUUGAAGGCCAAUAAAUACAUAAAUGGCGAAUACAGCCCAGAGCCUAAUCCAUACUUAUAAAGAAAAUGCCCGUUUGGUAGCCUGUUGCGUUUUGGUAAAACUGGUAAACCAGAUUAAGAAAGGAUGUGAACGAAAUGAUAGCUGCUUUAUAGACAUAGCAUAGUUGAUGUUUCCAUGAAGGAAAAAAAAGUUCAAAUGCAUAAGUGCCACUUAUUACACAUGAAAUUGUGACCUUAAUCAUUCUAAUUUAUGUCUAUGGAAUUGUUUAUUUAAAUGUGUUAAUAUUGAAGGGUAUCUAAUUUAUUUAUGUUUAUUAUAGACUAACUAACGUCUUUUAUAUAAGUGUCUAUUGUUUGUAUCAUUGUAUGCAUACUUAUCUAUUUUAGGCUGUGAUGUUGAAUUUCGAUGUUGUUGCUCUUCAAAUGGCACUUUCUGUUUUUAUAUUAUAAGUUAUUUUAGAAAUGGAAUUAGUAUGUUGAAUGUUAUAUACUUUUCGUUAUGUCAUGUCUAUUGUCUAUCAAUGGCAACAAUAAGCACUUGAUAAUUUUGGGUUGAGUAAGCGUCAACCUUCGCUUAGUUCCCAUAUGUCUAUAGGGGAAGUUAAUGAAACUUAACAUACACAGGAAAAAAAAGAAUUUGCCUACAAACGAAAGAAAUCGGAAUUUUAAUUAGUCUAUAUGAAAAGCAAAUUUUCUAAAGAAAAUCUAACGGAAUGAGAUCGUUUGUGGUAGUAUCACUUUACAAUUCUGAGGCAAACCUCUUUUGCUAUGACCAAAAAUCAUGUCAAAAUAGUCUGAUUUUUAUUAAAUGUUUUUAUUUCCUUAAAAGCUAUUAGAGGUUUUUAUUUAUGUAGACUUGUCUCUGCUUUGUAUCAAACAAACAAAAACACAAUAAGUAAUUUUAUAGCUAAGAAAAACAUCUAUCCAAAGAUUUUUUGUCUCUUCAGGGUUGUGUACUUGUUGCUUUAUGCAGAUAUUUUGUAGUAGAGUUGUUAUUGUGACAGCUGGUUUCUAAUGAACGCAUUUUUCAUAUUUUCCGGUGGUGUUUUUUUA